ACUUUGAAGUCUAAACUAAAACAACAUCAGCUCAUCCACACUGGAGAGAGACCGUUCAGCUGUGACUUGUGUGGAAAGUCGUUUUCCAGGAAGCAUGUCCUAAAAAGACACCAAAUCCUCCACAGUGGAGUUAAAGCUUACAGCUGUGAUCAGUGUGGUAAAGCUUUUACUCGAAGUAGCCACUUACAGAGACAUCUAGUUACCCACUCUGGAAUUAAGGCAUACAGCUGUGACAUCUGUGGAAAAACUUUCAGCCGGCUAUGGAGCCGAAAUACACACCUACGCAUUCACUCCGGAGAAAAUGUGUACUGGUGUGAUCAGUGUGGCAAAUACUUUACAACAGACGCACAUUUACAAAGCCACAUGUUUACCCACACUGAGGAGAGACCUUAUCAAUGUGACCUGUGUGAGAAGACUUUUAAAGCUCCGAGUCACCUGAGACGACACCAACAGAUCCACACCAGAAAGAGACUCUACAAGUGCAGUUACUGUGAGAAGCAGAGCGACACAGAUGGAUCCACUUCUCAACCCUGUCAUCGCUGUGGUGGUGGGAAAGACUUCCGUUGUGACAUCUGUGGAAAAACUUUCAGUCAGCAAGCCGGCCUAAAAAUACAUCAACGUAAACACACUGGAGACAAACUGAAAUACUGCAAAGAAUGUGGGAGAAGCUUCCCCACAUCACGUGACUUAAAACGACAUGAACUCUCUCACAGUGGGGUCAAAAAGCACCUCUGUGAUCAGUGUGGGUCAUCCUUCACCACUGCAAGUGACCUUAAAACACACAAACGAGUCCACACAGGAGAGAAACCAUACAAGUGCAGGCACUGUGACAAAAGCUUCUCACGUUCAAGUAGUCGUAACGAGCAUGAACGUACACACAUGGAAGGAAACUACAGCUGUGAGCAGUGUGACAAGAGCUUCAGUAAUCUCAGUUCAUACUCCGCACACAAACGAUCCCACGUUACUAAUAAACUGUUUCACUGUUACCAAUGUGCCAAAACAUUCACUUCAUUAUCUGCUCUGUGCAAACAUCAGCGUGAUCACGCAGGGCUGAAAUCGUUCCCAUCACAGGAUGACAGCGAAUCUGAAGAGAGAGAAACAUCCUCUUCUGGUUUCAGGGUCCAACUUAAAACCCUGGAGAUCAGGCUCCACAGAGUUCAGAUCGGCUCUCCUUAAAGUUCUAAUGAGGCUAUAAAUCAAAAUGUUCCUGUAGUUCCAUUUUAAUCUUUAUAAACUGUUCUUCUGUAGUGUUUGUGUUCAGUGGUUACCUUUUUUUUUCAGUGGUUGGAUGAAAAAUCAGUUUCCUGUUGUUCAAGAUUUUAUUGAAUGUAUUUUAUUAAAGUUCUUAAAGUUCUUUUUGAGUUCUUUUUGUUUAAGUUCUUAAAUAAAGUUAAAAAAAAAUGUUAAAUAAAGAAUUGGUUUAACGACAAAGA